UUGAUUGAAAGUGCUCAGGAAAGAGGUCUCACUACCCGGUUCGCAAAAGAACUUGCGAUCGAAUCAUGUGUGGCUCAAAGAUGGCGGAAAAUGCACAGAGAAACGGAAGAAGUACCUUACAAAAAGUCUUCUAUAAGUUCUGGUCCUCAGUCUUCUUUCAACGACGAUCACAACGACUUUUUGAGGAAUCUAGUGGACGAUGGACCCCUCCUAGCUUGA